AGGACACUUUUGUUGAUCAUGCGCGAAAUGAUUGGAACGGAGCGUGACUAUGUGCGUUCACUACACUACAUCAUCGAUAAUUACAUGGACGAAAUGAAUCGCGAAGAUAUUCCACAAACAAUGCGAGGACAACGAAAUGUUAUAUUUGGAAAUGUUGAAAAAAUCUGUGAAUUCCAUCAACAGUACUUCUUACACGAGCUCGAACGAUGCGAAAAUAAUCCACUCAAAGUUGGUGCCGUAUUUUUAGAGCAUGAGGCCAAAUUCUAUCUGUAUGCUCUGUAUAAUAAAAAUAAGCCAAAAAGUGAGGCUCUCAUGAGUGAAUAUGGAUCCAGGUUUUUCAAGGCAAAGCAAAUUGAGCUUGAAGAUAAAAUGGAUCUUGCGUCAUAUCUAUUGAAACCAGUGCAAAGGAUGGGAAAGUAUGCUUUAUUGUUACAGCAGCUAAUGAAAGCAGUUACCAGUAUACAGGGGCCAUCAUUGCAAGAGAUAGCCGAAGACAUUGAAGAGCUGCAAAAGGCUGAGGAAAUGGUCCGUUUUCAGUUGCGCCACGGAAAUGACCUAUUAGCCAUGGACUCGUUACGUGAUUGCGACGUAAAUGUUAAAGAACAAGGUCGCCUAUUGAGACAGAACGAAUUUUUGGUGUGGCAAGGCAGAGGUGGAAAGAAAUCAUUGCGUCAAGUAUUCCUAUUCGAAGAUUUAGUGCUGUUCAGCAAAGCAAGACGCUUUCCAGAUAGCAAAAAUUUGGACAUUUAUCUUUAUAAAAAUAGCAUAAAAACAUCGGACAUUGGCCUAACCGAAUUUGUUGGUGAUUCGACUACCAAAUUCGAAAUCUGGUUUCGAAAAAUGAAACCAGACGAUACAUGGACAUUGCAGAGCAUGAACGAAGACACGAAAAAAGCAUGGACCGAAGAAAUAUCGAAAUUGCUAUGGAAACAGGCGAAACGGAAUCGUGAAAUUCGUAUGGCAGAAAUGUCAUCAAUGGGCAUCGGAAAUAAGCCAUGUUUGAAUAUUCGACCGAGCCAAAAUCAGAUCAAUGAUCGUUCGGUUAGUUUUUCGCAGCUAGAAAAAGCGCCGAAGCUGCGUAGUUCAUUUUCAUCGUCAUUGGCUGAAAAUGCGAAGGUACUACAACGUCCAAACUCCAUAAUUUCGCUUGGCUCAUCAUUUUCGUCGAGUACCAGUCGUUCAUCUGCAUCGUCCAGCAGUAGCAAUGCAAGGAAUAUCACAUUGGGCAAUGAACUCGAUAUGAUCAACGAAACUCUUCCACUCAAAACGAUAAACAAUUCCAAGAAAUAUCAGCGAUCUACCACGCUUGCUAGCCAGCUAUCGAUGGAAAGCGGAAUAAUAGCUGACAUAUCUACAUCACCCGAUACCGAAGUACAAACGUCAGAAGACACAUCAUGGAUGAAAUCAAUGUCACCAUUUACACAUCAAAAAUCACUAACAGACAACAGUAUUCAAAAAGGAUCCACAUCAAAUACGAACGUUACACGAUUAGUUCCAGAUAAUGAUAUGCUUAGCGCAAAUUCAACAACAAAUCCAUACAUAAACAACGAUUCCAUGGCUGUACAUUUAUGAGCUGAAACAAGUUAACAUCUUAAAUGCACUUAACAUACAGAGCUUAAUCAUUGCGACUAUCUUAUGGGCCAUGUUUAACACAUUAACGAAAUUCAGUGACUUAUUUCACACAAUUUAUUAUUGCAGUUAAAUAUUUUCCUUAUGAAACUAGAGAUUUUAGAGAACAAUUAAUGUUAUUUUUGAAUUCUAAGACGAUCCAACAACAAAAAAAAAUGUUUACUCUUCUACGCAUUCAUCUUAUUUGUAUUUGUAUCAAAUAGAAACAACAGAGUCCAUCGUACACUUUAAUUUAAAUCUAUUUAAUAACUAAAAACAUAUUUCUAACGAAAUCUAUUGUUUAUUUCUAUUUAAUUUAAUACAUAAAACUUAUUUUUAUAUGAAGAAUCCACUUUUUGCAACAACAACAAAAAAAAACAACAAAUAUUUUUAUAUGCAGAUUUGCAGAUAUCAGAUGUUCAAAAUCACAUGAAAAAUAUCAGUCAAAUUUCGUUUAUUUUUGUUUGAGCACAGUGUCGAACUGCUAAACAAACGUCCAUUCAUUCAAAUUGGUACGAUUUAUAUUGCU